UGUACAUGCGUUGAAGUUUGUAACCUAACACCAACAAACACAAAUUAGGGUAGAAGCACAAUGAAGGGAAGCUUGUGGUUUAUUGCCUUGUUGUUGAUUCUCUCUUUGGUGAUUUCAUCUUGUGGAGCUUCAACUCAGUCAUACAAAAUCCGCAAACAUUUGAAUAGAAGAACACCACCUAGUGAUUCAAAACCCGCACCCCAGUAUCUUAGCAAGCAAGAAAGAAAACUAGAAAAGCAUAGAUCUGUUGUAUAUGGGUUGUGGUGGUUAGACGAACUGAUUUUUAAAUAUUACUAGAUGGGUAUCCGCGUUAUAUCGCAAGAAUUUCUUUUUAACUUCCGGUUUAAUGUAAUUUUUGUCCAAAUUCAAGUAAUUUAAGUAAAAGUUUUUUUUUCCAAAUUCUAGUAAUUUACUUCCAAAUCUAAAUUUAUUUUUCAAUCAUUUGGUUACUACAACUUGUUGAGACUUUUGAUCGUGUGUUCAUCUCAUACCUCUUUUUUAUGGAUUAUCCUUUUUCCAA